AUGGCGCUGACCACGGCCUCCUACAAGAAGCAUAGGUCAAGCACUCGGGACGUCAUCUGCUUCGGUGAUUUUCCUUAUUCCUCACCCUUAACGCCAUGCAUACCCUCCACUAGCACGGAAUCUCAAUCCUCCAGGUCCGUACCUGCCCUCAUCAGUGAGUUGUGGAUCAAAGAGGCGAAGGGAUAUGAAGUGCGCAUCCAAGAACUCGAAAAGGAAGGAGAGAGAUCGGCAUCACUCCUCAGGGUAUAUCAAGGGGAGGUGCAAGCCUCAAAGCAGGGGAGCGCGAAUUUCGAGGCACAAAAUGUACAGCUCGGGGCGGAAAUAGAAACAUUGAAAGCUAGGAACGCAUGGCUCGAGAAGCGGCUGACUGCCACGAAAAAGGCGUUAGAAGGCAUAAAGAGAAAAUUUCUGGCGAAUAUGAUUAAAGCUGCCAACGAAAUUAUGGCUGGUUUUGACGAGAUAGGUGCUCACGCCUUUCCUCCGGCUUCAUGGAAUGCUCCGGCAGCAACGGUCCCCAAUCUGGCUGCACUGUUUUUCAAGCUGGCGCCGGCGGUCAACGAUAUAGACUUAGAGUCCAACUCUGAUAUCGGGGGGUCCGAAGAUCCCCGACUACUCAGCGAAGAUUGGCGCCAAUACAUGAAUCGUUCUCUCCGACACCUCGGCAGGGCCCUUCUCAAAGUAGCAACCGAGACUGAACUCGAAGCUGUCCAGCUUCUCAUGAGCAAAGGCGAAUACGCGCACCUCGUGCUGGCCAUUGACAACACAGACUACUGAACCCAACCAACCAAACGUGCAAGGAACUGGCUUGUCAGUAAUACCGACUUGGAAAAUUGGGGCUUGGAAUGCGUCAAGCGGGACCUGGGUGUGAGUGCGCGAUUCCGUCUAAUUGAGAUUCCAUCAGCUGACCAAAAGACUCUUGCGGUGCCGACGGUGCAUCGAAUUAAAAAUCGACUGCACUUAUAUAAGCAGCCAACACCUGAACGGCAGUGAAUGCCACCGUUUAUGAGCCGUGCAGUUUGCCCAUUGCGAAGGUAUCGUUACACGGAAACGAAGACUCUCGUCGACAACGCUAGCCCAAAACACCUCUUCUUCGCGUCCGCUAUCAAAGGAGCGUCAGUCCAACGUGAUCAGAUCAGAUCAUUCACGAGCCUGGCCCGAAUCGCUCGUACUCAACCCCCGAACCGUCCACUCUCCAAUUAACUCAGAAACCUUUGGAAAAUUGGCACCACCUUAGG